AAUUUUUCAAUUGUCCAUCACAUUUGCUAUUUUGUACUCAUACUGUCGUUUGCUUUGGCUUCUCUUUCCUCUGCUUACUCUCAAAGCUCAGGUCUCUCUCUUAAGCUCAAAUCACCAACCAAUUAGAUGGCUAUGCAGGAAGGAAGUCCUGUCUUUACUCCAAGUACUCAAGUUAUUGGAAAUGCUUUUGUGGAGCAGUAUUACCAUAUUCUUCACCAAUCUCCGAAUCUAGUGCAUAGAUUUUAUCAAGAUUCUAGUCAUUUAAGUCGGCCAGACAUGCAUGGCAACAUGACAACAGUGACAACCUUGCAAGCAAUUAAUGAGAAGGUACUAUCACUGAAUUAUGAGGACUAUACAGCAGAAAUAAAAACUGCAGAUGCUGAGGACUCUUUUGAGAAAGGGAUUAUUUUACUGGUAACUGGAUCCUUAACUGGGAAGGACAAUGUGAAAAAGAAAUUCGCACAAACCUUCUUCUUAGCUCCACAAGACAAAGGCUACUUUGUCUUAAAUGAUGUUUUCAGAUAUGUUGAAGAGAAAGAGUUGCAGAACUCUGUUCCGGCUAAUGGAAUCAGUGAACAGGCUUCAAUAUCUGCCUUGACACCAGAACCAGAGCUCACUGAUGACCAACUUGCUAAGGAACCAUUGAAUUACUCAGAAGAGGAAGAUAUUAAUAAUGGUGCUGAAGUUUGUGAUCCCUUGGAUAAGGAGGAAGGAUCAGUAGUUGAGGAAGAGGUUGUUGAACCCCAAAACAUUGCAGGUCAGAACAAGAGGAUAGUUGCUGUUGAUUCAUCUCCUAUGGUUCCAGAUGAUGCUCCAAAACAAUCAUAUGCUUCGAUUGUCAAAGUAAUAAAAAGUAAAGCAUCUACUCCAGUUUAUGUUCCUACCAAUAAUGUGGGGGCAAAACCUGUAAACCAACGGCCAGUUCUAUCUGCAAAAAUUGCUCCAAUUCCAGCAGCAGAAGUACCCAACAGUGAUAAUGCGCCUGGAAGUAGCAAUGACAAUGAGGAAGCUGAAGGACACUCCAUAUAUGUACGGAAUUUGCCUUACAACGCAACACCUCAACAACUUGAGGAGGCAUUCAGAAAAUUUGGGACCAUUAAGUGUAACGGCAUCCAAGUUAGAAGUAAUAAGCAAGGGUUCACUUUUGGUUUUGUUGAAUUUGAGAAUCCAAGUUCAGUGCAGAGUGCACUUGAGGCUUCACCGAUCACAAUUGGGGAUCGUCAAGCAGCUGUGGAAGAAAAAAGGACAAAUUCCCGAGUUCGUAGCAGUGGAAGAGCAAGGUAUAAUUCUUCCGGUAAAGGUGGUCCCUGGGGUGACAGUUUCAGGGCAAGAGGGAACUUUGGCAGUGGCCGAGGAGGCUAUGGCAGGCAUGAAAUCAGACACCCGGGUGACUUUUUGGGACAACCUAAGGGUUCUGGUGGAUGGAAUGGAGAUAAUAAUCCGAAAAGAGUAAACAGAGUGGAAGGGGUAGCCAUCAAGGGUGGGCAAAAGCAGCAUGAUUCUACUUGGGAAUAGCGGGGAAAGUGACCAAAUGACUUUUCCCUUUGGUUUUUUGACAGUUCUAAUGGACUACAAUUGAUGAUUCUAGUUUACUUUUAAUUCAACUGCUUAUGGAGAGAUUAUUGGGUUUUUUUGGUUUCUGCCCAUAAACUUGAGGCAUCUCAUAAAAGCUUACGUGACAUACGGAAAAGGAAAGGGUGAGUUCUACAUUACAUGAAUUCAGUAUUGUUGAUCAAAUUUUUUGUUACAAUCAUGAUAUGUUCUGAAUGAUAAAUUUUGAUUCGUCUCAUGGAUUUCCCAUCACUUUGUUUUAGGGGCGUCCAUGGUUCAAGUUUACAUUAUUAUAGUUGUCUUAAAAUAUCAAAUUUUAUUUAUAUUUGUAAA